AUGAUAGCAACGUACAGUCAACCAUCUUCUUUUGCACAUCAACAUCAAAGUUCCGAACCAUUUGAAGAUAUCAAGAGCAAUAGUUCUUCAAAUCUUCAUGGAACUUUAAGCAUUGUUAAAAAUUGUGACAGUCCAUAUAACAAUUGUGCUAUUCAAGCAAGCUUGAGCGAACAACCUCCACAACACGUUCAACCAUCCACUGGGUCACGUCAACAAACUUUUGGCUCCUCGACAGCAAGGCAUUAUAAUAAUAAUAUUCGAACAUCUUCAUUAUCUUCGUCAAAUACGACAACGAAUCGCAAUAACUUUAACGAUACUCGAAUUUUUACAACGGCCUCAACAACGACGGAGCAACAUCAGUUUUCAUUUGCAAAUCCUCGCAGUGGAUGCAACAACAAUAAUCGUUCAAAUAAAAAUAUAAAUAUGUGUCAUAAUGUUGGUGGCCUGAAUUCAAAAGAAACUAAUGAUUGGACCAAAGAUACUGCAAAUGAUUCAUCAGAAUUAAAAUAUCGUGAUAUUCUUUUCGAGAAUGUAGAUUUUCCUCCAAAAAAGUCUCGUUGUGCUGAUAAUAAAAAUAAGGAUGAUGACUUAGAUGAUUCGAAAAAAGAUCCUUUGGGGACUUCAAAUUGGCGCCUUUAUACAAAGGCAAAAGAUGCUUUACCUAACGGAAUACGUCUUGAAAAUAUUUCUUGGAGAAUGAUGUUUCUCGCUCAAAAAUCAAAGAAUUCCGAACAAAAAAAUCAAUCGCUUAAUGACUCGAAUGCGACUAUUCCAACAAAUAUUUCUAUAUUAGGUGACACUUUUACAAGUAAAAAUUCCGUUAAGAAGUCCAACGUUAAUGACAUUUCUAUUCAAGACAAAAAUAUAAGUAGCCUGAAAGAUGCUGACAAUGCGUUAUUAAGUUUAGAUAUGGAUAUGGAUGAUUCGCUUAACAAAAUUGACCGUCAUUUGCAUGUUGAUAUGGACCAAGAUGAUUACAAUUCAAUGCUUGAUGAUCACACUCAUGCUCCCUUUGUGAUGUCUCCCCCAGAUACUAGUGCGAGUAACACGGAUGAUAAUCUUUCCGUCUAUACCUCAACUCCUUCUCCUGUGCUCACAUCUUCUACUAUUCCGGCCAUCCCAAUUCCUGUGUCCUCUGCUUCAAACAAUUAUAACCUUCCUUUAGCAACGUCUCCUACGAAUUGUUCUUUUGAAUUCAUUACUCCUGAGGGACUUAGAUUUACAAGCCCACAAAAUUUUAAGAGGAAUUAUAUGAAUUUUCCUGGAAAACCUAUAAUGUAUACUCGUUCCUUUGCUAUUCCUGUACCUCGAUCUCAAGUUUUCAAUUCUACUGGUACUCAUGGAUUAAAUUCUAAAAAGGUUAUAACAAUACCAAGCGAUACUCCUGAUGACUCAGACGUGGAAUUACCUGAAUCAAUAUCUUCAUCAGCGACAACUACAUCUACCAAUACACAGUAUACAUUAAAUUCUUUCAAUCCCGCGUUUGAUCAAACAUCACUUGAUUAUCCUAGUUCCUUAAUAAGUUCAUCAGCUCCAAAUUAUUCCUAUAGCCUUUGUGAAAUUGCUGCUCCUGAUGGUUUAAAUGACAAUAAUUCAAUUUCAUAUAAUCAAUCAGCUGUUAGCACCCCUCUUACACCUGCCGAUAAUAUAGGUGUUUACUUCCCCGACUUCAAUCAUGGAAGUGAUAUUGGUGCUGAUGGCUUUUUCUAUUAUAUGCAAGGCAGUCCACAUAUUAAUCCCUCACUAUUAUCUACGUCUCCUAAUAUUAUUUAUGAUUUUAUGCAACAAGAUCAAAAUUCUAAUGCUGGAGGAAAGAAUAAAAAUUCUAAUUUUGAAUUUGAUGUAUCAGGUAGUAGUCAUAGUUCUAAUGGCUCAUCAAAGAUAAAAAGAUAUUCGUUAGAUGGUUCAUCUGUCGUUGAUAUGAACUGUAUAAACAAGAACAAUUCCUUGAAUUCUUCUCCCACAUUAACUAGUAGUGAAGCAUCUGAGUCUGACACUUCAAAUGCGAUACCAUGUCAACCAUUGUGCAAUGCUUGUGGGCUAUUCCUUAAACUUCAUGGUGUCGUAAGACCCUUAAGUCUUAAAACAGAUACUAUUAAAAAACGUAAUCGCAAUGGGGGUGCUGUUGCUGCUGGUAAAAAUCCAGCUAAAGGUGUUAAAGGAACCGUACAACUCGGCCCAGGUGGUGCGAGCAUGGGAGUUAUAGGAAAACGAAUGAAUCUGUCAAAUUCAAUGGCAGCAAGAUCACAAAAUGGUAAUUCACCAGCUCCUGCUCCAGUAUUAUCAACACCGGUAUCAACUGCACAAUUUACCAAUGGAUUCAAUGGAGGACGACAUCAAAUGGUUGGUGCAAUGCCAAAGAGACGGAGAUUUUCGGGUGAUGAGCAACAAUUAAAUUCACAAACACGACCUAGUGAAAUACAACAAUCGCAAAAUUAUGGUGUUCUAAAACAUCCAUCUGGUCCAUUUUCUUCUAAUGGAGAACAAACCAAACUACAACAAGUUUUGGAUAUGGUGCACGCACCUGAUAAUAAUUCACCAACUUCUGUUUCAUCAUCAGCUGGAUACAAUACAUAUGCUCCUUCAAAUGUAUCACCAUCCAAUACACCUCCUAAGCAUAAUCCACGUAACGUUCAGCGUUCGCAUUCAUCCGGGCAAAUUAUGCACACUCCCUCAACAUCAUCUCAGUCAAUAUUAGUGCAUUAUCCAAUGGUGCAAUCGGCACUAUCAAGCGAGAAUGAUAAUAUGAUACCUACAAACGGCAACAACUAUACUUCACGUCCUGCAAUGUUAAUAAGGCACCGAUCUUUUGUUAACUAA